ACAUGGAGAUUGCCCUUCCUUUUUGGAGGGAAACUGUGGUGUCCAAAGAUAGGUCAGUGAGUAAGACAUAAAAGCUUGUGCACAGAGACCAUCAUGCUGCAGAGCAACCUGCACUGACAUGUUGCCUUGUUGCACUGACACUCACAUUGCUGGAAGCAGUUAGCACAGCAUGUAAGGUUGAUCUGCAGUAUCAGGUAUCAGAAAAGCCACUCUUUGUUUAACCCUCUGUUGAAUUCAUUUUAAAUGUCUGUCUUACUUUCAAUGUAACCUGAAUUCAGUUUUAGGUCUUCAUGGAAAACAGGACAGAUGUAGUGAAUGUCUUACAGCAUCCAUGCUAUGAAAUGAUUGACUCCAGUUACAAACUAACUGCGACUCCUUCUAUUACAUGUGUAAUGUUAUAUGGAUUUCUCAUGCUAUUAUCUGUUGUAACUGUAUGUGGAAACCUCCUUGUUGUAAUAUCAGUAAUUUACUUCAAACAGCUUCACACACCCACCAACACUCUCAUUCUGUCUCUGGCUGUGGCCGACAUGCUGGUUGGGAUUUUAGUAUUUCCUCUCAGCAUGGCCUUCUCUCUCAGUUCAUGUACCUAUAAUGAGGAUUUUCUUUGUAAGGUCCGUGACACAUUUCAUAUCUUGUUUUGUACAUGCUCUAUUACGCACUUGUGUUGUAUUUCUGCUGACAGGUACUAUGCUGUGUGUCAGCCUCUGACAUAUAGAUCUAAAAUCAGCCGUCAUGUUGUUGCCAUCAUGAUCGCAGCGAGCUGGGGUGUUGCUGUUCUCACUGGCAUCGGAGUGGUAAUUCCCAGACUGUCCCUUGGAAAAUGUGUGGACGCGUGUGUACAUGAUGUAAUCACAGCAAGCAUUAUUGGACCUGUAUUAUCAUUUUACCUCCCGGUGGUCGUAAUGCUUUGCAACUACCUGAAGAUUUUCCUUGUGGCACAGAGACAGGCACGAAGCAUCCAAAGCAUGAAGUCUGGAGCAACUGCCAGUAAGAUGGAGAGAAAAGCCACCAAAACUCUGGCGAUUGUUCUGGGAGUUUUUCUACUUUGUUGGACUCCUUUUUUCUUUUUCAUAACUUUACUGCCUUUAGGAAACCAUCUGGUUCCAGUUGCUGUGAUUGAAACUGUUACCUGGCUUGGACUGUCCAACUCUGCACUGAAUCCAAUCAUUUACGCUUUUUUUUACAGCUGGUUCAGGUCAGCUUUUAAAAUAAUUGUUUCUGGCAAAAUCCUAAAAGGAAAUUUUGUUAACUUUAAGUUGCAAUGAUGA